UCGCAUGCAUGUGGAAUUCCGCAAAAGCUCGGCGGCAGGCCUGUGACAUACACACACACAUACGCUAAUCUAACAAUACACACAUGCACACGAGAUUAUGCGACGACGAGCAUGAAUCGGAGUCAUAGCAGAGUUUCGCCGCACCACUACCACUGCAUCGUAAUAAUCGCGCCGACGAGAACUGCGCUCUGCCCCCGCCGCUCCGACUCCGGCAAUUUUAGCGCAGCUGAGACGAUGAGUCCGCAAGUCCGAGAGAUGGCGCGCGACUCGCUAUAAUUCGUCGACGCUCGCAGCUCGUGCGUGUGUUCGUGUCAGUGUGUCUGUGUGUGUGUGUGUGCGAUACAUGCGCAACACGCACACAACUAUAGCACAGCAGUGAACAGCGCGCCAGUCGCCAGCAGCAGCACCGACACAAGGACCCUCCUCGUGUGUGCGUGUGUGUAUAUUAUACCGUCGUCCUCGUUACAUCGACUGCGCCGCCGCCACCGCCUCACCAAGCCGCCGACAUUGCCGCCGCCGCCGCCGCCGUCGUUGUCUGGCUAUAGCAGUGACGCGAGAACUUCCCUACUCUCCUCGCGCAUGAACAGCAGCAGCAGCAGCAACAGAACUGCCCGCCGCACACGCUUAGUCAGUCCGCUUUUGCAGCCCGUGAACUGCGUGUCUUAGACAGCGCGCAGAAGAAGCUAGUCUUUCUUCGCUACUCACAACAUACACACAUAUAUAUAACAACAACAAUAAAAGAAAAAAAGCAAAGCAGUCUUUAUCAAAAACAAAUAUAUAUAUACGUAACAUCCAACCCAUUAUAUAUAUACUCCCAGCGCUUUCAGACGAUCAGCAACUUACGAUUAUAUAUCGCAAUAUAGUCCGUAUUGCCGGUCUUUUUCUCUAUCUCUGUCUUUCUCGCUAACUUAUCUCCUUGUAUCUAUCUAUCUGUCUAUCUAUCUGCAGUCUGUGCGUUUUUUCCCCCAAGUUGUGUGCGAAGUAUAUAUCUCCAUCGAAUAGCCAUCGAGUGGGUUUAUGUUUUUUUGUUUGGUGACAUAUGAAAAUUAUCGAGCCGCUUGGUUGAAAAAAGAUAAAAUACAAAGCGCCCAGUGUUCUCGUGCAAUACGAAUCCACUCCGAUUUGAGAAAAGAGUAAAAGAAAAAAUUCCACGCGAGUGUUUUUGUUGAUGCGAAAUAUAUAAAUAAUCAUAAUUUAUAUAUUUAUCAGUGGUGGCAACAACUGUGAGUUCUAUAACCGUGUUUGAUCAAAAGUUUUACGAUUUGUUUGUCGUAAGAGUCUCUGCAGCGUCAAAAAAGUUAAAUAACAAAAAAAGGAGUCUCCGAAUUCGCAACAAUCGACUCGCAUAACCUUCUUUUGACGAUAACGCACUUGCAGAGCUAUAUUAUAUCGAGUGGUGUUUUCUGUGUGUGUGUUUUGUAACUUCGUCGCUCCAACGCAAUCGUCGUCGUCGCUCCGUCUCUCGCUUCGUAAGAAGAAGAAGAAGAACGACGAGCGCGAGAAAUAAAAAAGUGUGUAUUUCACUUCAGUGCGUGUGCUCGUAUUAUAAUAUAACGAGAAGAGAAGAAAAAACUUACGACGGUUCGUCGUACAGUCGAGAGAGAAAAGCAAGAAACUCGCUGCUCACCGUGUUGAGCGCGACAGGAGCAUCAUUGUCUGCGACAAAACUGCAACGCAUCCUGCGAUAUACUACUUCGAGCUGCGGCCCACGAGUAUUCGCUACAAAGAAUUCACCGAGAACAAGCUACUGAUCGCUCCGCAUCAAUCUGAAGACACACACAAGGAAUAGAGAGCAUUCGCGUAGAAUCUCUAUGCAUAAAUGACGUAAAGAAGCAAAACACUUGCCAGCGCAUCUUUUUUCUCUUUAUCUCUCCUCCUUCUCUGCUCUUCCAGUGAGCAAAGCACACCCCUUGCUUUGAGCGGCGCUCCCCCAACCCAGUCAAAUACCCUCGAUAUCCUCAGCCCAGCUUCUCGAUCUUCGGUUUAUUUACCACCUUUUCGUCGCUUCUGUAUACUCUCCGACGAAAAAGCCACGAUAGAGACCGGUGUAUAUAUAUUUUUAUAUACCUGUAUAUCUCUUGCUCUCCUUUAUACCUCCAGCUUCCACACUUUAUCCGAGUACUUCCAGAGAAGUCGACGACUGUGUGUUUAAUUCUCGCUUUGUCUGUGUCAGUCAAUCUGUCUCGCACGACAUAUACGCGCGCUCGCCUACACACGCCAUUCUCGACGCGCAUCAAUGAGAAGCAGCUCGAGCACCGGCCAACCCCAGAUACCAGACUUAGCAGAGCUUCAACCUGAAGAAGCCGUAGCAUCGGCCACUACCAGAGGCGUACUUAGCUUGAGCGCUUAGACAUAAUCCUCGCCUCUUUCUCAUUCUAUCUCUCGCUCUCUCUCUGCGUACUAUAUCACUCGCUGCUACUUCUCUCCUCUCUCUUCAUAUCUCUCUCUCUCUAUCCCGUUCCAACACGACCCCGAGGAAGAGCCGAUCCAGACGUACGCCUAAUACUCAAGAAAGAAGUUCGAGAAUCUAGAAGGAAAACGAGGACAUCUGUAGAAGCAGUCAAUUGAAAGACGCAAGCUUCUCAACCCCUACGAAGUUUCGCCCCCAAGAGAAUGGCAAUGGUCAACAUGAAUAAUCUAAUCAACGGAAAGGACUCGCGAUGGCUGCAACUGGAGGUCUGCCGAGAGUUCCAGAGACAAAAAUGCACCCGACCAGACACCGAGUGCAAAUUCGCGCAUCCGCCCGCCAACGUCGAGGUUCAGAACGGCCGCGUGACCGCCUGCUACGACAGUAUCAAGGGACGUUGCAACCGAGAGAAGCCCCCGUGCAAGUAUUUUCAUCCACCUCAACAUCUGAAAGAUCAGCUUCUGAUUAAUGGACGAAAUCACCUGGCACUCAAGAACGCUAUAAUCCAACAAAUGGGCCUGGGUCCUGGCCAACCAUUAGUACCUGGUCAAGUGCCCACAGUGGAGGCCCAACCUCCUGGGCCAUCACAUCAGCACCUUCAGCAGCAACUCCAGCAGCAACUGCUCGCUACCCACGCUCUUAUGGCGACGAACCCGUACCUAACCGGCAUGCCGCAAGUUGGCAACACAUACAGUCCAUACUUCGCACCGAGCCCGAUCAUGCCCACAAUCAUGGGACCAGGAGAUCCAACCGGCGUCGGCAGUCCCCUUGGCGUCGUCCAGCAGACGGUCGCGAUGCCGCAGAAGAUGCCGCGCACAGACCGGCUCGAGGGGUCAACAAUUCCAAUGCCCGGUGGCAACAACGUGCCUGGUGGACUCCAGAACGCUAAUAUGGCGGGCAUCGAACUUGGCAAGAAACGGAUGCGUGACUCCAAUGACGAACUGCUAAUGGUACCACGGCAUUUGCAUAUGGACAUGAAGUCUGUAGGAUCGCUGUACUACGACAACUUUACAUUUCCAGGUAUGGUCCCGUACAAGCGUCCCGCGGGCGACAAGUCCGGCGUGCCGGUGUACCAGCCAGCCGGCGCGACGACCUACCAGCAGCUGAUGCAGCUACAGCAGCCCUUCGUGCCUGUGUCAUGUGAGUACACUGGAACACCACCUCUCCCCGCCGCGAACUCGCAAGCCGCGUCGGGCGUCGGUGGCGCAAACUCGUUACAAAACCAAUCUAACGCCACGAGUGCUGCCGAUAGCGCCACGAGCAACGGCAUACUCGUCGAUCCUAAUAAUCCUCCGCCACCUCCGCCGUCAAACGCUAAUAGCGAGAAAGCUCAGUCCGCCGGCUCGGUGGCCAAUCACGAGUCCGAGGCGAGCUCGGCAGUAACUCAGAACUCUCACGAUUUGAAUCACGCGGCUCAGUCGGCAGUCCAGCAGGCACAAGCUGCCUCGCAACAAGCCCAGCAGCAACAGGCACAGCAGCAGCAGCAACAACAACAACAGCAACAACAGCAACAACAGCAACAGCAGCAACAGGCACAGCAACAGGCACAGCAACAGCAUCAACAACAACAACAGCAGCAACAGCAGCACAUUAACCAACAGAUUCAUCAGGCCGCUUUUAACGCCGCUGCGGCGCACAAUGCCGCCGCAGCGGUCGCGGCCGCCACUUCCCACGCUGCUGGGCUGAAUUCCAUGCCGUCUAUCAUGAACUCCAUCGCUAUGUCGUCCAUGUCGAGCAUGCACUCCGUUGCGCCGACGAGCUACACCAUGUCCAACAUGUCCGGCCUCAAUGUCCUCAGCGGCCUCAGCAUGCCGUCCAGCAUGUCGCUCGAUCCCGCGGCCCUGGCCAAGGAGGUCGCCCAAAAGAAUUACGCCAAAGCGAUAAAGCAGCACCAGGCCGCGGCCGCCGCUGCCUCCGCCGCCUCCUUCGGCCUGCCUCAUCUCAACGCUCUGAAUUACACGGGCGUCGCUCUCAACAAGCAGACCCUGGCCGGCCUCGGCCAGCCCUCGCAGACGCCCGGUCUGCCCGCCGCGGCCACGGCUCCGCGCACCGUCAUUCCCGGUCUCGGUGGUCUUCACGCUAGCGCCGGUCUUGCGAAUCCUCUGUCCGCCCCGGGUCUGCUCGCGUAUCGUCCGCCGGCCGCCGCGGCUCCCUCCCUCGGGGUCAAUCCCUACUCGCUGAUGCGCCAUCAGUCGGUCCUGCCUACGGCCGGGCAUUACGUGCCGCCGGGCGCCUCCGUGCAGGCCUCGCCCUACGUCCAAGCCUCGCCUUACGCCGUGUUAUCCGGCAUGCCGGGCAUGCAACAGAUUCCUACCGCCGGUCCGGCCACGAUAGCCGCCCAGCCGCAGGUGACGAUCCCUACCGCGAGCUCGGGUGUGAUAAUGCAACCAUACAAAAAAAUGAAGACUACCUAAGCCGCUCGACUCCCUGCAAUUCUCGGGCUCCGAAGAAUCCAAUUCUUUCUUCGACUAAGUGUCGCCUAAUAAUGACACGAUGUUUUUUACAGUUCCAAAUACUACUUGCUUCGUUCUCUAGUCAGAUGCGUCACUUUAAACAGUGCCUUAUUAUUCGAGAAAGAAGUGGACGAUUAUGAUAUGAUGUACGAACAGAUCUAUUAUUUUUUAAAACUUUCAGUAGGUGUAAAGUAAGCUGUGUAAUUCGUUGACGUUGUUAAUUCAUUUCCACGACUAUCACCCAUCACACGACAUCUCAGGCUUCGAGGCCGUUCCUCAUUUUUCGAACGACUUUUACCAAAGUGUACUGCGUGAUUUUUAUCGAAUGCUGCUGAUUAACUUUUAUCGAUCCCAUGGACCCAUCAUCUGGAAAGGAUGAAUAAAAAAUUUUUAUGGUUUUAUAUCUUUUAACCAUACCCAGGUAAAAUUGAAAUAAUGUGGGCAGGAAUGCGGUUGUUAUAUUUUAAAAUAGGUUUUAUUUUAAUCAUACUGUUUUUUAUGUGUGGAUUUUUUUAGAGAGUCUUCAAAUUCUUUACAAAUUGAUUCUUCUCAAGAUUUUUUUCUUCAAUUUCUUCUGUUUUUCUCCUUGUUGUAGACGAUAAACGUAUAUUGUUUGUUUGAAAUUGUUCUUAUCUAUCAACUAUGAAUUUCGUUUUAUAUACUAUGUGUUACCUAAUUUAUCUCGUUAUGAAGAUUUCAAUUUAUAUCUAUCCAUACAAUAGUCUUAUAUUGUUAAAUUUGAUCUUGAGGCUCCAUCUUUUUAGUGUUCCUAAUUCAGGGCUUAGACAAUGGAAUACUUUUGUUUGUUGUUCACUUUCUUGUAAUAAGUUGUUCAACUGUCCUCUUUCAUAACUUGUUCUGAAUCGUAGGUUUUUAUUCAAAUCUCGAUUCGAGUUAUCCUAUUAGGCUUGUGUUCAUGAUUUUUAAUGAAUUUAUCAUUUAAUUGAUUCUUAAUGAAAUUCUCGCAGCUUUGUGCUCCUAUCAUGUCGUUGAAAAUGAAAAAUUUCUAUUUGAAAGCAAGUUAUAAAUAUUUUUCGUUUUACCUGUUACUGUUGAUUCAACUGCUCGAAUGAUCCAGUCGUGAGAGUUUGGUUAUGCUGAGUGCACCGAGUAGAGAAUUUUUUUUCUAAUCAGUAAAAAUGGUUGCUCUACCUUAUAAAACCUGGCCAUUUAGAAAGGUCGUAUAUAUAUAUACCGACUAAUAUUUCAUGAAUACUGGUUAAUGAAUUGAUAGUAAAAAAAAAAUUGUUGUAGUAGUUUUUAUCACAAGUUAAUUUUUUUUAUUUACCACCUUAUUAUAUGCAUUUGGCAUAUGUUUUUUUAUCUAGAACCGCAUUGACCAGUGUUCAUUGAAAAUAGUGAGUACGAAAAUUCAAUGUUGUCAUAGAUCGUUAUAACGUAAAUACAAUUAUUUAUUAUACUACUAUUUUGAUAGCUGUGUAUAAACAAACAACCAUUGUACUUGUAAUUGAAUUUGUUUGAAGAGUAAAGUUAUUUCUUAUAGCACUUGAACGUGUGAUAAAAAUACUUGCCAGAUAAAGAAACUAGAAGUAAUGCGAGUAUUGUAAGCGAGUCCUCGCACAAAUAUUUUACCAAUGAUAGCACAAAAAAAUGGCGUCUCCUAUAAUAUGCGUUUUAGAGUUAUAAUUCAAAGAUUUUUUUCAAUGAAAAGCUAAAUCGUAUGACGGCGGAUGGUCAAAGAAGUGAAAACCAAAAACAAUAGCACGAAUCAUGCUUAUUAAUUAAUAUAGCUUUAAUUGAAAUAAAUUUGUUGAAAUCAGCAAUUUUUCCAGAUUACAAUUUGAUUUUUUCACUUAAGCAUAAUUCGCGCCGUUGUCCUUGGUUUUAAAUGGGACUUGAAAAAAAGUCGCGUUAAAUCUAAAAGCGACUCUCUCAAAAUCAAAAAAAUUGAAAGCAGAAACGCACAACGUGUUACUACGUUUAAGAUAACUAUCAGAAACCGCAAGCCUCCGAAAACAGUUGGCCUAAACGCGACGGAACUAAAAAAUUUAUUUUGAAAAAUGUUCGACGCCCAUACAACGAGUAGUUCUUAACUGAUAAAUAAGCGGCUCUGUCUUCCAAUGAACGAACACGAAAGUUUAAUUAAAGUUUCAUAUUACUGAGAGAGUAUAUAAUUUUUACAUGUGGCUUUCUUUUAUUUUGCGAGAAAGAGUCGUUUUUAAAAUACCGUACGAAGAAAUGAACUCAAGGCCCACUAAAUUGUGAUAGUGUAACGUAUUUAAUGUUAACGAAAACGCCUUAAGCGUCAAACUGUUGAUAAUUUAACAAUAAACUGUGCAUUCAAACUGAGCGAAAUCGAUUUUCUUUAAAUCCAAUCAAUAUUUCUAGAACUUCGAUGUUGCAUAUAGCACAGUAAACUAAUAAUAAUAGUAUCGAUUAAAUUCAGAUUUUUUUCAAUUCACGCGUUCAGAUAUUUUAAGAAAAAAUGGAAGAUAAUAAUAUAGAUUACGCAAAUUCAAUAACAGUUUUAUAAAGGAACGAUUGUAGUGGUACGAUUGUGUUUAACAAUCAUUCCUAUUUUCCUGUGGAGCAGGAUUCAAACGAAAAAUCUGAUGUGUUCCUGCAAAACCCGUUCGAAAAAUAAGUUUCAAAGAGGGGUUUGUUAGGUUGCAAAAAUGUCCAGAACCUUUAUUUUGUCAAAUUUGAAAUUAAGUUUAAUAUUCGUGUCUGUUCCUAAGUAUAGUUACUAUCGCACAUUAGUUUAAUUUACAUUUUUUUAAUGUGUAACAGAUAACGAAGAUUUUAUUGUAAUUUUAUUCAGUGUUUAAGAUUUCUAUUAUGUUAUUAUAAUUAAAUUUCGAUGCAAUAUUUGUUAUGGUUAAAUUAGUGUUUAACGUUUUUAAUGAUGCAUAAACGUUGUUUUACUUUAACAACUUACUUUUCGAUAUUUUAUGGUAAUCAAUUAAAUGAUUCGAAUGAAUUGAGUCAUACAAGGUUUUGGGCAUAAGUAAGUCACAUUAAUCGCAUAAACGUUGCGAAAGUGCCUUCUCUUGCACUUAACUCUUCAAAUUCACGUACACUUUUUUUGAACUAGUUUAAUAGGUCGACAAACAAAAAGUAUGAUAUUUAAAUUUAAACCAGACGGUAAAGAUGCAAAAAACUUAUAUCACAGAUAUAUAAGUAUUAUAUAUAUAUUAUAACUUUACAUUAUAUACUUACGUUUGUAUGUUAUGGAUAUGCAAUACUGAUAAAGCUGCAUCGGUCUCUUGCAACAAUGAACUCUUGACGUAUAUCUAAAUCUAUGAUUUAGUAUAAAAAAAUAUAUCUUUAAUGUACCUAUAAUGGAGUGUAUGAUAUAAGAUGCAAAAAUAUAAGAGCAUAAUAAUUUGUGGUAUAUAAUUACGUAAUUUAGAUGCAUAAUCAAGUAGAAUUUAUCAUUCUGUACUGUAUCGUUUUUUUUCUUGAAAUCUUCAUGUAAAUUGUUAAUAUUAUACAUGAAAAUCUGAUAUAAUCACACGUACAUAACCCUGGCAUAUGUAUAACGUCAACGUUUAUAUAUCUAUUCUCGAAUAUGCUACAUUUAUAUUAUUAUAUCUGCGGCCCCGAGGAUGCAGAUGCAAAAUUGGGCGUAUUCGAUCUUUAAAAGUAAUUUACAUCCUAUAUAUGCAAUGUGCAGGAGAGGUUACUGCUCUUGAGUAAUGAACUGUCUAACUGUGAGUUUUUUCUAGAACGAGCGCUACUUGCUUCCUACUUUGGUACGGUUUAAUUGCGUGUGCUUUUUUUCCAAGAUCGAAUGCGUUUUUGCGCAUGCACACUCAUGGGGUUUGUAAGGAGUCACCCAGUAUUUGUAAUAAUAAUGCUUGAAAAAUGCA